AUCACAUCGAUAAGGGUCCGACUGUUAGCCGUUAGCCGCUAGCCGCAGCGAUGGCAGCCCGGGUUUUGGUCGGAGUGAAGCGGGUCAUCGACUAUGCCGUGAAGAUCCGAGUGAAGCCUGAUAACACUGGAGUGGUCACGGAUGGCGUGAAACACUCAAUGAACCCCUUCUGUGAGAUCGCAGUGGAGGAGGCCGUCCGGCUCAAAGAGAAGAAGCUAAUUAAGGAGGUUGUGGCAGUCAGCUGUGGGCCCCAGCAAGUGCAGGAGACCAUUCGUACAGCGCUGGCUAUGGGAGCGGACCGCGGUAUUCAUGUGGAAGUUUCCGGAAAAGACUACGACUCUCUCGGACCUCUGCAGGUGUCCAAGAUCCUGGCGGCUCUGGCCAAAAAAGAAGAGGCAUCCCUCAUCAUCCUCGGGAAACAGGCUAUUGACGAUGACUGUAAUCAGACUGGUCAGAUGACAGCAGCCCUCUUGGACUGGCCCCAGGGGACCUUUGCCUCAGAGGUGGCAAUCGAGGGAGACAAACUGAAGGUGAUCCGAGAGAUCGACGGUGGACUGGAGACCAUAAAGAUUAACCUGCCCGCGGUGGUGACUGCUGACCUUCGCCUCAAUACCCCCAGAUACGCCACACUGCCCAACAUCAUGAAAGCCAAAAAGAAGAAAAUCACGAACGUAAAGCCUGGAGAGCUGGGCGUGGACCUGACCUCUCGGCUGGAGGUCCUGCGGGUGGACGAGCCUCCACAGAGACAGGCCGGAGUGAAGGUGGAGUCGGUGGAGGAUCUGGUCAGCAAACUGAAGGAGGCAGGAAGAAUUUAGAGGCAGCUAGAGCAGCAGGAGCAGCACGCACACAUCUACUGGGGUCUGUUCAUGGUGGUGGAACCUACAUCAAACUCCACACUCUCGCUGUGAUCCCCCGCCUGGCCAGCUGCUUCAGGCGUUCUGACUCCAUCUACGUGUUUGUAUAGCAGUGCUGAGAGACACUGGCCCAAAUGAAUCAGUCUUCUCAGAGUAAUGGUGCUUAUCUAUGAUCAGCUGAUGGCUUACAUCCUAUUGAGUACUAUUAUAAUAGCUAAUUCUACAUACUGAUGAAUUACAUAUAUGAACAAGGUAGGAUUAGCUUUAUUGACUGUUAAUGGUUCUUAUAGCUGCCAACACGCAUCACUGAUAGGAACACAGGUAGUUAAUGUUUGAUGAUACCACACUUGAUCUUACUAUUGCUCUAAACUAUUCUAAUCAACAUGUAUUGUUGAACCAUUAAACAUGUUGCCCAUCAUGGUGAGAGGGACCUGUUUAUCAUUAAUUCCGACUGACCUACACCCAUAUACUUGCGCCUAAUGAUAGGAGGCAUCCUUGAAUUAUUCAUUACUAAAACAUUGUCUUCAUGUCAGUCAUCCCUACAUAUCAAACCUAUAACUGCCCGUUGCAUUGUCGGAAACUCUUACAGCAUUAGCUGAAGAUGUCUGACUGUGGGGGAAGACAUUACUGAGGGCUCUUGUCAUUUGUUUUGAAAUGGCAGAGCCAUAUUCCUUACAGACACAGCCAACCUGUACAGUCAUUUUAAAGUUGUAUAGUUCAUAUAAAUAUCAGUGUUGUUUAAUGUAAUACUGUUCUGGCUGGACAGUGUCUCUCAGCAUGAACUGGAAAGGGAGAAACGAACACUUUCUAUGCCGCAAGCGCCUCCAAUGAGUUUUGAUUGUACAGUAUCCUACUGUGAAAAUAAAGAUAGUCUGUCCUUUUCA